GUGCUUUUUAUUGCAAUGAAAGGACCGGUAUUUAUUAUAAGUCUUAUUUAGUUUUUAUGGGGAUUUGUAUAUAAAUCGCUAUUCAGUUUCAGAAGUAAGCUAGUAAUGUUUCUAUAUUAGAGCCUACUUUUAAAUUUUUACAGAGCCCAUUUAGUUUAAAUAAGGAUGAUUUAAUUAAGAAAGCUGUCAAUAUUCCAGAUCAUAAGUUUGACUUCCAACCCUUUAUCUAGCCUGAUGCAAUGUUCUUGGUGAAUCAAUAAAAUAUUUAAAAUUUGCGUCUGUUGUAAAAAGAAUUUGCUUCAGAUCCUUAAAAUCCUGAUAAGGCAUUUAAGUAUAUAAGACAAUUAAAUCGAAUGUAAAUGUAUGAUGAUGCACUUAAAAUAUUUAAAUAAACAGGUAUGAAGUAAUAUUUAAAGAGUAGAUGACUUUCGUGAAAAUGCUACUCAAAAACAACAUCAAUAAUUAUAAGAAUAAUAUGGGAUUGCAGUAACAAAUUUAAAGUCAAAUUAAUAUGCAGAUAAACGUAGAUCAAUGAUACUUCCAGGAAUGAUUUAAUUAUUAAUAACAGCAGCAAUUCUUUAUCAGAUGAUGUAUUUUUUUUAACCUGGUCAGUCAAAAUCUAAAAAUGAAAAAAAUCAAAAAGAUGCUCCUGAAUAAGGAGCUGGUAGAAUAGAUCGAUUUUACAAUAUACUACGAAAUAAUUAAACAGUUUAAGAGGAAAGGAAUAUUCCUACACGUUUUAAUGAUGUAUUAGGAAUAGAUGAAUUUAAAGAAGAAUUAGAAGAAAUUGUAGAAUUUUUGAAAAACCCUAAGAAAUACACAGAUUCUGGUGCAAAGUUGCCAAAAGGAAUUCUAUUAGUAGGUCCACCAGGAACAGGUAAAACACUUUUAGCAAGAGCAUUAGCUGGAGAAGCAGGAUGUGCAUUUUUUUAUAAAUCAGGAUCAGAAUUUGAUGAAAUGUUUGUAGGAGUAGGAGCUUCACGUGUUAGAGAUAUAUUUAAAGCAGCAAGAUAGAAGGCUCCAUCAAUAAUAUUUAUAGAUGAAAUAGAUAGUAUAGGAGGUAGGAGAAGAGCAUAAGAUCCAGGUUAUUCUAGAGAUACAAUAAAUUAAAUAUUGACAGAGAUGGAUGGAUUUAAAUAAAGUGAAAGUGUUAUAGUGAUAGGAGCAACAAAUUUUGAAUAAGUAUAUGAUAUAAUUAUGGAUUAUAGGUAUUAGAUCCAGCUUUAAAAAGACCAGGAAGAUUUGAUAAAAUGAUUCAUGUGCCUUUACCUGAUGUAAAAGGUAGGGAAUAAAUAUUUUAAUACUAUUUACAAAAAAUAAAAUAUGAUAUUGUAAAGGUAUUACCAUAAAAUUUGGCAAGACAAACAAGUGGAUUUAGUGGAGCUGAUAUUUAAAAUAUGGUUAAUGUAGCAAUAUUAAAUGCAAUCAAAUAUGAUAGGUAAGUUGCAACAACAGAAGAUUUUGAAUUUGCAAUAGAUAGAAUUGCUAUGGGAGUAGGUAGAAAGAAUAUGCAUGUUAGUGAUAAAGAGAAAUUAAUGACUGCUUAUCAUGAAGGUGGACAUGCAUUAACUAGUUUAUUAACUGAAGGAGCAAUGCCACUUCAUAAAGUUACCAUUCUACCAAGAGGAGGAGCAUUAGGAUUUGUAUUUAUAUACAUAUUUAAUCAUUUAAUUAGACAGCAAUGCUUCCAGAAAAAGAUUAACUUAAUUAUACUAGAAAGGGAAUAAUAGCAUCAAUUGAUGUAGCUAUGGGAGGUAGAGCAGCUGAAGAUUUAUUUUUGGGUAAAGAUGAUAUCACUAGUGGAUGUAGUAAUGAUUUGGCUAAAGCCACUGAUUUAGCUUAUAUGUUUGUCAAAUAAUUAGGAAUGGAUGAUAAAAUAUCCUUGAUUUCUAUUUAAAGUGAUAGAGUCAAAACUAGUGAUUAAUUUGAUUACAUGGUUGAUAUGGAAGUUAAGAAAAUAUUAGAAGUAAUUUUAUUUACUAAUUUUUCAUUAGGAAUCGUAUAAUAGAGUAAAAAAUCUAUUGAAACUUAAUGAAUCCAAACUCAAGGAUUUAGCUACAGAAUUAGUAAAGAAAGAAACACUAUCAGCUGAAGAGAUCAAAAAGUUAUUAUAAAUUAAUUGA